AUGCACCUGGAACGCGACAAGAUAUAUGAUGCCCCCGAGGGUGAGGUUUGGAGCACCGUGAAGCCCGCGUCGACAUACAAUGGCACUUCCAAGAGGCUCGCGAAGCGAUGGAACCAUCGAUGGAGCGACGAGAGCCUGACCCAAGGGGCAUCGCCCCUGAAAGACUCGUCCAAGACGGUCAAUCCAUCCACCACGAUUCCACUGGGCACAGGCAGACCAACCUCGCUCUACUACCCAUGGCAAUCCAUGACCAUGACUGGAACCAAAGAGAGCCGCCAGUCUCGGGCGCUCAAGAACCCAACUAGCUCCAUGACAUGUACAAAGGGGGAGGCUGCGUUUGAUCUCUCCUCGGCCUUGAACUACGCGGCGCCCUCGGGCUGGAGUCAACUGGUGGCUUUCUUCCGGGACAACACCAGCCUGGUUCACAGCCCGCCUUACCAAGACUGGGACACGACCCUUACGUGCGGGUCGACGUCUGCCAUUGAAAUGGUGCUGCGCAUGUUUUGCAACCGCGGCGACUGGAUCCUGACCGAGGCCUUCACGUACCCGGGCACGCUUAUGGCGUCGAGAGCCCAGGGACUCGGGACGCUGGGCAUCGGCAUGGACGGCGACGGCCUGAUGCCAGACGAGUUGGACGCCAGGCUUCGGAACUGGGAUACGUCGCGGGGACGCAAGCCCUUUGUGCUGUAUACCAUUCCGUCGGGCCACAAUCCGACGGGCAUAACGCAGUCCACGGCGCGCAAGAGGGCCGUCUACCAAGUUGCCGAGCGGCACGACCUGUUGAUCCUCGAGGACGACCCGUACUUUUUCCUACGGCUCAACGAGCUCCCCUCGCCGGAUCGCCCAUCUUGCCCUCUUGGAAACUUCCAAAAGUCGCUGCCCACGUCGUACCUGUCUCUUGAUAAGUCCGGGCGCGUCAUCCGCGUGGAAUCCACGUCCAAGAUUCUCGCGCCCGGCCUCCGCUGCGGCUGGCUGACGGCCAGCAGACAGGUAGUCGACAUGUUUGCCAACUUUGCCGAGGUAGGGCCCUCGUCGCCCAGCGGGCCCUCGCAGGUCAUGCUGUACAAGCUGCUUGUUGAGAGCUGGGGGCCCGAGGGCUUCGCCGGCUGGCUGAACCACCUGUCGGGGGAGUACAAACUGAGAAGAGAUGUCAUGGUGGCCGCGUGCGACGAGUACCUGCCGCGGGAGGUGUGUGCGUGGACGGCGCCGACGCACGGCAUGUUCCUGUGGAUAAGCGCCGCGCUGGAGAGGCAUCCUGACUAUUGUGCCGAGAGGAGGAGCCAGCUGUGUCGAGAAGUGGAGGACGGGAUCUACGAGCGGGCCGAGAGCAAUGGUGUUCUUGUUGCGAGGGGGAGUUGGUGCGAUGUUGGGGGGUGUGAGGACAGGGUGUUUUUCAGGAUGACGUUUGUCGCCACGGCCUCGGCGGGGGAUCUGAAGCUCGGGGUUGAGAAGUUGGGGAGAGCGGUGAGGGAGGAGUUUAAGCUGACGGGGGAAGCUGAGUGA